AUGUCUGCUAAUAUCUCAUCUCUCGAAUCCCUUGCAUUAAAUAUCCUGCAAAAUUCAUUCCCAGAAAAGAUCGCAGAAGGUGUCAAUGUUUCGGAGCUAGACCCAUGCUUGUUAUGCAACCAAGAACUUUUUUUGUAUGAAAUAAAAAACCCGAUUACCAUACUCAUCUGCGAUCAUAUAUAUCAUCGCGAUUGUAUCGAAAAUUCCAUCAAAAAACAUUCAAUAUGUCCAAGAUCUGAUUGCAUGAAGGAGAUAAAAACUAUGGUCGAGAGCACACCUGAAAGUCUAUAUGUUACUGAUCCAAUGAAUAUAUCUCCAGCAUUAUUUGGUGGUAAUUUUCCAAUAUUUCAAGAUACGUUUCAGAAAAAGUGUGUUGGUGAACCCACCAGUAAACUAUUCAGUAAGAAAGUGAAGAAGCAAGUUUCAAAAGACUAUUCUCCUACGUUACAAAGACUAAUCAAAGAAUUGGGAACUGACGUUCCACAGAAACCUUUACCGACUAAACCA